AUGUCCAGCACUCAACUAAACUACAACCCAAUUCCCUUUGAUGAUACAUAUGUGCUUUAUGAUCCAAAUGAUAUUGUUUCAUUUGUUUCUGUUUACUUUUCAUUGUUACCAAUUGGGAUCCUAAUCUUUUAUCUUUCAUGGUUCAUAAUCACACGUGAAAUAGAACCAGUUAUAAUAGCUGGAGGUCAAGUUGUCAAUGAUGUUGUCAAUAAUAUUGUCAAAAAUAUCCUCAAAGAGCAAAGACCUUUCCUAAUUGAAGGUUUCCAACAAAAUGGGUUAAGAUCAGGUUAUGGUAUGCCUAGCGCUCAUUCUCAAUUCAUGGGUUUUUUUGCAACUUAUUUCAUGCUGAGAGUUUGGUUACAAUGGAAAGAUCUAACUACUAGUAGAAAAAUAAUCAGUACAUGUGCAUUGUAUGGGGUUGCAGGGUGUGUCGUGUUCUCUAGAGUUUAUCUUUACUAUCAUAGUUUAGGUCAGGUCUUGGUUGGUGUUUCUUUGGGAAGUUUCAUUGGAGCAAGUUAUUUUGUUGUGAUCGGUAUUGCCAGAUCUAUCGGAUUCAUUGAUUUCAUUUUGGGCUGGCCUAUUGUGAAAUUGUUUUGGGUUAAAGAUUCAGUAUAUCAUGCACCAAUGAGUUUAAAAGAGGAAUAUGAGUUCUGGAUUACAAGAAAGGAAAAAGAGAAUAAGAAGGAUUAG